GGUGCUUCUUCUUGUGAUGCAUCGAGCGCAGAGCUGCUGAACGCACUGAAUACUGAAAGCAAAGAGGAAGAAUAAAAAGGACAAAAAUACACCUGAAAACAGGCUUUUUUUUUUGCAGUUUAACGCAUCUUGCCAAAUAUUUGCUGCAAUCAGCGGUUUCGGUAAUUUUGUUCAUACGGAGUAGGACCUCCACGCGCUUCUGAACGUCUGUCAGUGUGAGCAGCUAUUUACAUAUUAAUUCAGUUUGGGGGAAUAUUUUCUUUUUUCUUUGCUGACGGAUCGUUUGUGUCGAUUUGGCAAUCCUGUCUUCCGGGCAUCACCACCGAAUGUUUCUGACUGGGGUACAUGAGAAGAAAACAAGAUAAAGGAAUAGACACAUUCUGGAUUUUUUGGUCACAUUUCGAUUUUGAGCGUGUCCAUAUUGUAGUUGAUAUAGUUUAUAUUAUUGCUUUUGCUGGCAGUAAACCGAUACAGGCUGCGUUUUGAACACUCGAAAGGUGACUAAAAAGGAGACUAUAACUGCACCUAAAUAAUAAGGAGCAAAAAGGGGAAUUUUUUCCAAGCCCAAUAAUAAUGAGCUGCGCUGUGUUGCGAAAUGCGCUCGUUGCGUUGCUCCUUGCCGUGCUGUCCAAAGCAUCCAUUCUGGGUUUGGGUAUGGGCCUGGUUCUGAGGACAGGGCUGGGUGUGCGCGCCGCCGAGUUCGGCCACUUGCCCGACAACAUCACAGUGAGUGAGGGCGAGAGCGUCAUCCUGAGGUGUAAAAUUGACGACGAGGUCACCCACAAGGCCUGGCUGAACCGUUCCAACAUCCUCUUCACGGGGACAGAUAAAUGGUCUCUGGAUCCUCGCGUAUCGCUGGUGAACAGCAAUGACAGCGACUUCUCCAUCCAGAUUGAGAGAGUAGCGGUGGCUGACGAGGGUCCCUACACCUGCAGCUUCCAGGCCCGCAACCAGCCACGCACAGCACACGUGUACUUGAUUGUGCAAGUACCAGCUCGGAUCGUGAACAUCUCGUCGGACGUGACUGUGAAUGAGGGCAGCAAUGUGAACCUCUUCUGCCUGGCAGUGGGCAGGCCUGAACCGACAGUUACUUGGAGGGGCUUCAAAUUCGAUCUGCAGAGCGAAGGCGAGUUCUUGGACAUCACCGAGAUCAAGCGCCACCAGGCCGAGGAGUUUGAGUGUGUCACCAACAAUGGUGUGGCUCCAUCUGACACCCACCGUGUUCGAGUCACUGUAAACUACCCCCCUACUAUCACAGAUGUGAAGAACAUGCCUGCACAGUUGGGCAAGUCAGCCGUCUUACGUUGUGAAGCCAUGGCGGUGCCCACUGCUUCCUUUGAGUGGUACAGGGAUGACCGCAGGCGAGUAGAGAGUGACAGUACUCUGCAGAUCAAGAACGAGAGGACGCGCUCGCUGCUCCUCUUCAACAACGUCACGGACAAACACUUUGGCAACUACACCUGCUUAGCCUCCAACAGCCUGGGGACCUCCAAUGCCAGCAUGCUACUUUUCCGGCCAGGGGCAGUGUACAGCCGGGGCGUGGACGCAGCCAUGAGCGCCAGCCUGGGGGUCUGGCUCUGCCUCCUCCUCUCCCUCCUGAUGAAGAUCUAAGAGCGAUUUGGUUGCGGAAGAAGGAAUCUUUAACUACGAACCCAUCACUGUGAACAAAAAGAAUAUGCAUUAUUCCAGGAGCCAUCGCUGCAUUGCAUCAUCAACCCCCAACCCCCCCCCCCAACUCCCGUCACCACCUCCUGCCUCCACUACUCUGCACUUCCAACCCCUCACCAGGCACUGUCUCUCGUCCCUGUUUCAAUGAGGGUCACUAUAAGGAUGUCAAUAAAGGAUGAUGAUGAUGAUGACGACGAUAAUAAGUGAAAUAACAAUAGAAAUCACUGGUAAUGAUUAGAGAGAUCAUAGGUCAUGUCAGUGAUAGCGAUCUUAGCAACUGAUGGCAGCAGAGAUGACUGUAUAUAAAGUAAUAUAACAAUUAUUAAAAUAAUAAUAUUAAUUAAAAUAAUAAUAGAGAAAUUAAAUUAUGAGAUCCAAGAUAUGUUUCAUAGAUGAGAGUUUAUUCCGAAGAGCUGGCUUUUUGCCCUGAUCCCAAAAUGCACAGCCGGGUGGGCGUUUAUCUUCCCUUAAUGAAAUCACAAUGACGUUUAUGGUGACAGCAAGAGUUGAAGUUAAAGAGCUGGUGUUAAAUAACAAUGGCAACAAAGACGACGAUCCAAGGGUCUUCUCCGGGGAGCUGCGUCUCUAAUGGGCCAGUGGUAAUAAGCUCACAGCCCGCAACAGGGAGCACGAGUUUCAACUUGGGCGUUCGUUCCUCCGUGACACUAUGAUGAUGUCAACAGUCCCGAGGAAACUGGCGCUUGCGUUUUCACCCCUGACCCUUUUUUUUUCUGUACAUUUUAAAUUUGGCCCCACAACUCAGCAUUUGAGGAAUGCCCCUCAGCCAGCAUUGCCUGUAAUUCCUCACCUCUUCCCCAUUCGCUUCUGCUGCUCCAUUUUCUGCGCUACAUUUCUCCAGCUGUGUCUGUGUUGCGUGCUGGUGUAAAUAUUCAAUACAGAGCCUACUAGUGUUUGUUCUCUCCCCGUCUGACGAAACAACAUGUCCCGCACUCUUCUCCGUCUUCAUUGUGUCGGGAUUCGAAGCCGAUCAUUCUCCUUGUCGCUUGUUGAUAGCAUGUACUGGUUAGAAAUGUUCCUGUCGUGAUCCUACCAGGCCGCCUUGCUCUGCACUGUGUCAGUUGUUCUCUGCAAGCUUUCCUGCUAUUAUUUCUGGUGUUGAUAAUGAUGAUGUCAAUGAGUAUAUGAAUAAAUAUAUUAAUCCCAUGUGAAAAAAACACUACAGAGCCAACUACAAGCCAUGUGUGCGGAUAUAUUUUGUAUUUUGCUCUGAGAAGUCACACUCAUUUAACAGGAAACGACUGUGACGAGUUUCCAAGGUGAUGCGAUCUGUUUUCCCGUGUCAGUCCUUCCUGAGAAGCGAUCCGAACCCAUGGAUUCCUUUCUUCUGAAAACGAGGCGGUGAACUGUGCUUCAGGUUGUGCCGCUUGUACAUAGAGUCAUUUCUCGCGUUGCUUGUUGUCUCUCUGAGAGCUGGUGUUUUCCACUGGCAGUUUAUUGCUUUGUUUUGUAAAUUCAGUCCUAGUACUAAUCAGGCAGUGUCACAUACUUGCGUUCUGUGAUGAUUUCACCCCCCAGAGGUGAGACCAUGCCGAGAUAAAGGUGUAAUUAGACCUUAGCUGUUGCCAAGAUGGAAGGGUAGAGGGACCGCAUUCUUUCGGCACCCUCCAGUUGGUUGACAAGAGACGGAAGUCGUAAAUCAAACUCGGUCUUGAUACGGCUGGGGUUGUUCAAGGACAAGCUGGCGUGGUGCAUUUCCAAAGCUGGUAAGACGGGUGGGACGAGGGGGUGUGCUGCACCUACCUGGAAUGUAGAGGCAGGCGGGAAUUGCGGCACAGCAGCCCACGAGCUGUCGGUUCGGUCACGGCGCAGUGUGUCUAUGCAACUCGGAGCAGAGAGCCCCCUUAGAGAAAUGGACGAGGCCUGUUUCACUCUUUCAGAAACGCACAAGAGAAGGCAUUGCCAUCACACCUUUGUGUCUAUCUGCUGAGAUCAGCAAUAACUUUCACAACUAGGCGUGAAGUUUCCAAAGCGGUCACUCGUAUGGUUUGACCAUGUGCCACUUCAGAGAUCUCAGAGAAUGUGGGACACAACGCAAAAAUCUGAAACGUCGAUGUUAAAACUGGGAGCUGACAUGGGUUUGAGAAAAUUUAAAUAUAACAUUUUUUUAACAAAGUUGGUCUUUGCUUUUUGGGCUUUUUUUUUUGCCACAAAAGAGCAAGAUGGAGAGUUAACAUCUGCUGGUGGCUAAUUCUUGCUGAGUUCAGGAAAGCUCUAUAGAUUGUGGGCUUUUUUUAUCCGUGCCCAUGCAUCACCUACCUGAAGUGUACUGUGUGAUGGCAAUGCAAUGCAAACAUCACAGAGAGCGUUCAGAAGUGUUGCCCAGAGGAGAAUAAUGGGUAAAAUUCCAAGCACAAGAGCAGGUUGCGUGGUCAGUGCUUCUCUUUCUCUUGCUCUCCCUCUCGCUCACCCUCUCUAUCUUUCUCUUUGUCAGCAUCAUGUUAACAUCCCCUCAAAGUGGCAUAUAUACAUAUGUAUGUACAUAUUCUCUUAUUGAAGAAGAAAAAAGAAAACUAAAGGAAAACAAAAAUGUCAUGACUCUCAAUGUGGUUUAAAAAGCAUGUUAAUGUUUGUUAUGGAUGGAUUUUGAAAAAACUAAAUAUUGUGUGUGUUCGGGUGGGGGGGAGAGGGGAUUGGGAAUAGGGUGGGUGUUUAUCACCACAAUGAGUUAAUGUUUCAUGCAUUCCUUCCAGAUACCACCAAGAGGCAGGCACAUGGGGGGAGAGGCGGAGGCCAAGAGGAAGAGAGGGGUGAAGGAAGGCAGGGAUUGUGGUGGGGUGUGAUGGGCAGACUCACUGCUGACAUCUUAAUCCCCAGUCCACAGAAUUCUGAAAAUACUGACACCCAGCUUUCCACCAGUGGCAUCGAUAUCAGUGCUGAUCAAAAAGUGAUAUCUCACUCUUUGAAAGAAAAAAUUAAAAAUCAUUCCUGCUUCCGUGGAGUGGAACUCUGCACUAGUGACAGUGACUCCAUGUGGGCUUGCAGCAGAGCUGCCCUUUCCCACUCUUAGCACCGGUGUCUUUGGUAGGGUUUCACAGUAACCCAGUGCUACGCUAAAGAAGCACCUAUAAACACAUUUUCUUGAGAAGUUCUGCACCAUCUUCAAAUGUAAGUCUUGCUGCACUUACUACUGUUUGAUAUUCUCGGUUUGUGACUUCAUAGUCAGACUCCACCAUUAUACUUGAAGAUGGCUAAUUUUAUUCUGCCUGUAUGAUGAUGUUGUCACAACUGAAAGAAAUUAUUUCCCACUUCUCAUUUUGUUCUUCAUCUUGGCUCCUUGUUCAGUGAUUGUUCACGUCAAAUAGGAGGCUGAGAGAUGAGCACUGAUUGCAGAGGAAUGAUUGGCAGCGGCCAGCUGUAUCUGUGCAGUCAUCUCACUAGGGGGUAGUGCCGAGUCAUCCCUAUCCCUGUUUUUCAGAGCAUGCAAACUUGUUUUAAUGCACUUAUGUACAUAAUUGCAUAAUGUAUUAUAACACUUGAUUUGUAUAUGGGAUUAUUUUAUCUAUUUCAAAGAUAUUUUUCAGAGAAACUAUUUGAAUGAUGUUUUCAGCCUUUUUAAGUACAAACGUAGAAUCUGGCAGUGGGCUAGCAUAGAGGAUUUAGGCUAAUAACUGUAACCUUUUUAAACUAUGGAUUUAUUAUUCCCUUCACUGUGGUGCUUAUUUCGAAUGUUGGAUCACUGCAGCAUAUUCCAUUUUCGCCUUCUUGAAUAGGCUCUUACUUGAGACUCAACAGCGCCUGAGCAGCGAAUCGAUACUUGUGAUUGAAUCACUGGGAUAGAGCCAUUUCUCCUGAAACUGUUUUACAAGAGCUCGGCAGCCGAAUUGAUCAGGCAUGUAUAAUAAGAGCUUUGGUUUUCGACUAAAUUACGCUAUGUGCGCCUGAUACCAAAAGCUGAUAAUUGCGUUGCAUUGUCAAAUGGCUGCGGGACUUUCUGAACAGGGUGUUAAGCACCCUUCUGUUUAGUCUGGGAUGCAUGUUGAAGUAGUUGUAUCUUAGCUGAAAAAAGGUAGCUGGUGUGCUCUAAAAAAUAGUGCACAAAAGCUGACCCCCUUUCUUCAUUUUUACUCAUACAACAAAUAUUUAGCAUUUCAGUUGAUUUCAUUGAAAUUUAGUACUGACUGCAUGUCCAUGAAUAAUAUAGUGCACUUAGAUUUUAUGAUAUGAUUGAAAACGUUAUCUAACAUGUAUUUGAAUAUGUCAGUACCUAUCGAUACUGUGUAUCUAGAGGAUGAAGUCUGACAAAACAGAUAACCCUUUAGAUGAAGAGCUUCUCAGAUGCAUGGAUGGUAUAAGAGGGUUGACCAGUAUCCAGUAACCAGGUCUAUGAGCAUGUUAAUGAUCAGCACCUCAGCAGCGGUACUAUGUAGCGCGGUACUUACUAACAGAAGGCAUGAUUGAAGGAACACUGAAAAUUGGUGACUGCACAUGCUGCAUCCCAGGGUUUUGACCUUCUCCGCAUUCAGCACCCAGUCCAUAUAGGUUCGUACAUCUUUCCUCAGGGAUGUAAAUUAGGCAGAUUUUCUACGGAGUCUUUAAAUGAUGAUGAUGAUAACCCAAGUAGGCAUUUGAUUAAUUUUCAUGUAGAGCUAGCACCCAAGCCAACUCACAGGACUCCCAGAGUCCCUGUAGCUCAACCUUCACAUGAUUAUCCCAUCGGUAGUUACAAGACCUGCAUCUGUCAACUCUUAGAGGAAGACCUUGGCUCUUGGUGAGCUCUUGAAUGAUUUGGAGUAGGGGGUCUUUGGGACAAGGGAUGGAGGCCACACAGACCAGUGAAUGAUGCCAUAUCAGUGAGAGAAAAGUUUGUUUUAGUUACAACUAUUUAUUUAAGUGACACUUUUCUCCAAAGCAGCUUAUAGUGUUAA